GGUGUUCUUCACUUUUUAAAAACUGCUAUCACACAUACAGCCUUCAUGUGGAAUUUAUCAUAUUAGUUAAGCAUAGUGGACAAAAAUGAUAAUGGAUAAAAUAUGUUACAGUUACUGUAGCUUCAUAUUUCUUAUUUGUUCCCUCAGACUUGCCGUAUGUUCAAACAUUCCAAAUGCCGAAGAAUCUUGUGAAGAGUCUUUGGAUCUUACAAAUCCGUACCAGUACGAUUACUACAGGACUUGGAGUAUAUGGUGGUCAUCUUCAUGGAGAUGGUUCAAUAUGACUGUAUGUGGUGGACAUAUGCAGAUUCCAGUAAAGGAGAGUGUGGAUAAAGACUGUUUUACGACAAUGGGAAAUGUAUUUGCACUAACAGAAAAGCAUCCUGAUAUUGACGAUAUAACUGAGAACAUUAUUGAAGUACAGGCUUGUACUAUAAAUGAGAAUCGAGACUGUGCAUGGAACACGUAUGUCUUUAUGAGGAAAUGCAAUGAAAACUUAUUGUAUAGUUUUCCCUGGUACUCUGAAGCAAAUCUUGAUAUAUGGAACUAUACAUGCCUUGACAGAAUAUAUACAGAAUUAUCCUGCCAAUCAGCGUUAACAAAACAUACCGAUGAAAACAGAUAUGAUAAUAUCUUGAAACUUGCGCCUGAUGAUUUGUGUUGUUGGACGGACACAUUUGUGGGAGGAAAACAAUUUCGUUUACCAUCUCUUGUGGACAUUGAAAUAAUCUUUGAGUCAUGCUCAUUAUCGGAAGAAUGGGAUUGGCAUUACUUUUUGCAAGAAACAUUGCCAGAUGAAAUAGGGGAAGACCCAGUGAAACUUGCUGCUUGCUAUGUAUAUAAUAGUGGCGGUUCUUAUGUUAUCAAUUCUGAUGAUAACGGGAAUUGUUAUAAUUAUUUCUAUGUUAGAUCGUGCAAUGGAAAACUUCAGUUUGAUUUAACUGGAUACCAUUAUACACAGGAUAAUAUAUGUUUGAUACAUUACAACACUGUCAAAGUACAACCAGAGAUACGCCAUGAGGAAACAUCAAUGACAGAAGAUGGGAAGGAAAUGAUCUUUUACACCAGCAGUCUACAGUAUAGAUGUUCAUUUAAUGCCGUGGAAAACAUGCAAUAUAAAACAAACUGGUAUAUAAACGGAACCUUUCAAGUACAGACGGGACCUUCUUCUAAUAUAGACGACAUGGUAUUCAAAGAGAAAUAUCUUACAAGUUUGAAACACGGAUACGAGGUCCGGUGUGGUGUAUUUCCUGCAGAUGAAAACGAGACAAUGGAAGCUCCGAGUGAUACUUUUUAUGCCGGAUGGAAGAUAUCACACAAGGAUAUCAUACUAAGUAAAAGUGGGGUUGCUAACAUAACAAUUGAGCAAACAAUUCCCUUAGGAUGUAACUACAGAGCUGAAGAUGUAGCAAACUGCCUAGAAACAAUAUCGGUCCAGGACAUUAUAAAUAAUGCAGAUGACUGCAGUUGUCGAAUAACAGUACAAAGCUCCGAUUAUCCAAGUAAACCGUUUGUAGAAAUAAAGAGUUUGAAGAAAGGUGAGAUGUGGACAAAGAAAAUGUACACAGCACAACUUUCAUCUAUAGACAAUGAUUAUGAUGAUCAGACCGCUUUUGACCUUCAAAUAGUAUUGACGUACAAUAGCGUCGCUGGAAUACCUGUCACACAAUCGGUGGUUGGUGAAGUUCAUGUGGAAAUUACGGAUGUCAAAAGACACUGGAAUAAAAGAUGCUAUUCCCACGUGGACCCGCAUAUGAAAACUGUUGACGGCAUACAUUACGAGGCACAGAGAGAAGGGGACUACAUAUUGUACCUGAAUGAGAAAUUUUAAAUAGAGGUACAAACAUCUGCAAGAUAUUGCUGGCAUGGAUACAAGGGUGGACCAGUUUGUGCCUGUGGAAUAGCAAUAGCUGUUGGUGCCGAUCUUUUUGUCAUCAAUAGAUGUCAUGAUAAACCUUUCAAAUUCGAUCUAUCGUGCGGAGAUGGUGGACUUAUUGAUAUUGAACAUAUCAACGAUUACAGAUAUCUGGUUCGAACACCAAUUGGUACAAUGAUUGAAAUACUUUUAUGGGGUAACGUAAUGAACAUUGAUGUGUACAUGUCUGCCAAAGAUUUUGGAAAUGUGGCUGGACUUUGUGGAAACUUUGACGGGGAAAGAUCUAAUGAUCUAGAACAUAGAGACGGAACUAUUUCUGAUGAUUACAACAGAAGUUAUAAAUUUGCCGAUAGCUGGAGAUUGACUGAUGAAGAAAAUUUUUUUAUAAACACAAAACGUAAUCUUGAUCACAGGAAUGUAAAUAAUGUUGGCCAGACAUGUGCAAGAGCAAAUUCAAUAACAAGAAAAAAAUGUAAGAUCAGCAAAAGGCAAAGACGAUCAGUUCCUGAACACUCAAAAAUGAGUACACAUUAUCAACACUUGCUGUCGCGUAAAAGGAGAGCCACAAACAGUUUUACUGAGGACGAGGCAUUUAAGCUAUGUAAUCAUUCAAUAUAUACAACACCAGCAGUCCAAGAAUUUCCAGAUCAUCUCGCUGAGGAAGACCCAGAUAUUGUCGUAGAACAGUGUGUUUAUGACUUGACGCAAGGAAACGACACAGCUUGGAUUGAUGCACACGUGACUAUUCUAAACAAUGCUGCUGAUACAAUUCUCAGAAUGAGCCCAGUUUAUGUUGCUAAUAACACAGAUAAAGUGAACUCGUUUCGUAGUGAAAUUUGCAUGAAUAAUUGCAGUGGAAACGGAAUCUGUACAGAC